AGAAGCCAGAAGGCCUUCUUUGGUAAAGCCACAGAAAGAGAAACUUCCUUUCUUUCACUCUCAAAUUCUACUAACGUGUUCUCACUCUUCAUUGCAUGUGCUUGCAUAUAUAUUAUCAAUGCAAUAAUACGAUAGGAUGAAAGUAGACGCCCUAUGUCAAUUCAAAGCUUGCUUGAUACAAAAUCGGACCAACGUAAUAUUUCAUCGACAUCGAGCCAUCAAGAGGUACACAUUACAAGCAGUCAAAAAGAAAGAUAAUUUCGUAUACAAUUUUUCACCAGAGCUACUAUGAUAAAACAAUUCAGGCUAUUAGCUAUGACCCAAUGAUGAGUAUAUCAGAGUAUCGCCGAGAUGAAAUGCAUACACGUGCCUCAGAACGAUAUGGUCCAAAAAUCAAUAGCGUUACCAGCAAGCAAAAAACUCUAUUUCCACCAUUUAAUUCCCUCGAAAGGACAACAUAUUCGCAGGCUACUGAGAACCUAGCGAAACAGCAUCAUCUAAUAAUGAGAUCUUACCAAAGUCAGCCCAUGACUGAUCUCGAAAAUUAUGAUGACCCAAAGCAACAUCCAAAGAUAAAACGAAACGCUCUCCAUGCGUAUAUCAGCUACAUGAUCUACACUGAUUUGAGUAACCAUCAGCCUUUUAAUGGAAAGCUCGCUACGCCAAAGGACACUCCCACAGGAUUCGCAGUGGUCUUGAAUAACAACAAUAACAGCAAUCAUUCCUCGGAUCGUUCAGCUUACCCGUUUCCCUCCAGGACGUUUCAAAAGAUGAGCAACAUACUAUCUAAUGAUGCCCAACGCACAGAAACAACAUCUGUUUCGUCUCAUCGACCUUUACCAACCUCAACCGGAUCUAUGCCUCUUUUAUUCAAUCAGGGCGGCAAUAGGAAUAAUACCACGGCAGAUGCUUCACACCACCAUCAAGUCCCGCAAACUAGCAACAGUAUCCUUCAUAGACCUUUGACUGCAUACUUGCGUACAGCAACAUCGCAACAGCACACCGAGCGACAUCAACAGCGCGAAGCUCCUCCUGUACCAUCGCCUGAAGAUUUCAGACCACGCCCUUACGCAUCCAUGCCACUUUUGCCUGGUAUGCCACCGAAUCAUGGAAGAAAGUUUUAAAGAAAAAGUUGUAUAUGAUUUUUUUAUACUUUAAUGUGUAAAUUGUAUAUAUUUUUCUGGCAGGGC